UGCCAUUGUUGAAUUCACGUUGAAGCAGCAUGGUCAGUCUCGUUGCCGUCAUCGCUUUCGUCGCGGCCGCCGCCACCGCCGACGCACCCGUUCCCAAGCGUCCGUUGGGGCUCACGUACAACUACGGGUCCCCGCACGCUUCGAUCCAACUCGACUUUUUCCUCGACCUACUGUGCCCGUACAGUCGUGAUGCCUUCCCCCACGUGACCAAGAUCGCCGACGACUACCCGGACAAGAUCCGCGUCCUCUUUCAUCACUUCCCCCUCCCGUACCACCGCAACGCGUUCGUGCUGCAUCACGCCGGUCAGGCAUUCGUGAACAUCACGGGCAGCGACGAAGCGUUUACGCGCUGGGCCGCAGCUGUGUUCAAGAACCAGUCCGUGUUCAACCAAGACGUCGGGCUUCCGGAAACCAAGGCCGCCAUCAAGAAGCUCGCGCUCGCGGCGUUACCCGAGCUAGGAGGCGGCGACGUCGACAGCGGACUCAAAUCCCGCGACCGCAAUCUCGAGGUGCGCGCGGACUUUAAGUACGGCACCACCCGGGGCGUGUAUGGCACCCCCAGCAUCUAUCUCAAUGGAAUCCAUGCGUUCGACGACGUCGACUAUGACAUUUUGUACGCCAAGAUCCGCCCGUUGUUGGGCUAAUACGCGGAUCGGGGGGAGGGUCUGUACUGUACGUGGAUGUAGUAGUAGCAACCACUGCGAGUAUAUCUUGUUAAAAAUAAAGAAAAACAUAUGUCGUUGA